AUGUUAAAAUUUAUUUUUAUAAUUAUAUUUAUUUUUUUUUUAUUUUUUAAAAAAAAUAUUUAUUGAAUGGUUCAAAAUUUAAUUUUUUUAGCUACUUGUUUAUUUAUAAUUAAAAUUAGUUCUAAUUAUUAUUUUUGUGAUAUUUCUUAUUAUUUUGGUAUAGAUAUAAUUUCUUAUGGAUUAAUUUUAUUAAGUUUUUGAAUUUGUGGUUUAAUAUUAAUAGCUAGAGAAGGGGUAGUUCGUUAUAAUAAUUAUGUUAAUUUAUUUUUAUUUAUAAUUGUUUUUUUACUUUUAAUAUUAAUUUUUACUUUUAGUUCCAUAAGUAUAUUUAUAUUUUAUUUAUUUUUUGAAAGAAGUCUAAUUCCAACUUUAUUUUUAAUUUUAGGUUGAGGAUAUCAACCUGAACGUUUACAGGCGGGGAUUUAUUUAUUAUUUUAUACUUUACUGGCUUCGUUGCCGUUAUUAAUUGGUAUUUUUUAUAUUAAAAAUGAUAAUUAUACAAUGAAUUUUAUUAUAUUAAGUUAUAAAAAUUUAUAUAAUUUAGAUUUUUUAUAUUUAUGUAUAAUUUUUGCUUUUUUAGUAAAAAUGCCAAUAUUUUUAGUUCAUUUAUGACUACCAAAGGCUCAUGUAGAAGCCCCUGUCUCAGGGUCUAUAAUUUUGGCAGGUGUUUUAUUAAAAUUAGGAGGGUAUGGCUUAUUACGGGUAUUUUCUUUAAUGCAAGUUUUAGGUAUAAAAUUUAAUUAUAUUUGAAUUAGUAUUAGCUUAAUUGGGGGAGUUUUAGUUAGUUUAAUUUGUUUAUGACAAAUAGACUUAAAGGCUUUAAUUGCUUAUUCUUCGGUUGCUCAUAUAGGGAUCGUAUUAAGAGGAUUAAUAACAAUAACUUAUUGGGGAUUAAAUGGGUCAUAUACUUUAAUAAUUGCUCAUGGGUUAUGUUCUUCUGGGUUAUUUUGUUUGGCUAAUAUUUCUUAUGAACGAAUAGGAAGACGAAGUUUAUUAAUUAAUAAAGGGAUAUUAAAUUUUAUGCCUAGUUUAUCUUUAUGAUGAUUUUUAUUAUGUUCUGGGAAUAUGGCAGCUCCACCUACUUUAAAUUUAUUAGGAGAAAUUUCUUUAUUAAAUAGAAUUGUUAGUUGAUCUUGAUUAACUAUAAUUAGUUUAGCUUUUUUGUCUUUUUUUAGAGCAGCUUAUACUUUAUAUUUAUUUGCUUAUAGACAACAUGGAAAAAUUUAUUCAGGGGUUUAUUUUUUUUCUUCAGGAACUACUCGAGAAUUUUUAGUAUUAAUAUUGCAUUGAUUACCAUUAAAUUUAUUAAUUAUAAAAAGAAAUUUUUGUAUAUUAUGAAUUUAA